CGGCGGCAGCCAGGGAGGCCGGGGCUGCGCGCGGGCCGGGGGCGGGGGCUGGGGCCGGGCCCGGGGUGGCAGGACCGGCGCCUCCGCUCUCCUCCUGCUCCUGCUCCUGCUUCAGCCUCUGUUCCCACUGCGGCCGUGGCCCCCCUUGGCGCGGCUCUCCGCCCUGCGCGCCCGCGAGCCCGCGGCUCCCUGGCCCAUGUACUGGAAGCACGAGAAUGCCGCCCCGGCGCUGCCCGAGGGCUGCCGGCUGCCGGCCGAGGGCGGCCCCACCGCCGACCAGGUGAUGGCCCAGCCAGGGUCCGGCUGCAAAGCGACCACCCGCUGCCUUGAAGGGACCGCGCCGCCCGCCAUGGCUCAGUCCGACGCCGAGACCCUGGCAGGCGCUCUGGACAAGGACGAGGGUCGGGCCUCCCCUUGUACGCCCAGCACGCCAUCUGUCUGCUCACCGCCCUCUGCCGCCUCCUCCGUGCCGUCCACCGGCAAGAACAUCUGCUCCAGCUGCGGCCUCGAGAUCCUGGAUCGGUAUCUGCUCAAGGUCAACAACCUCAUCUGGCACGUGCGGUGCCUCGAAUGUUCCGUGUGUCGCACGUCGCUGAGGCAGCAGAACAGUUGCUACAUCAAGAAUAAGGAAAUCUUCUGCAAGAUGGACUACUUCAGCCGAUUUGGGACCAAGUGCGCACGGUGUGGCCGACAGAUCUAUGCCAGCGACUGGGUGCGGCGGGCGCGCGGAAACGCCUACCAUCUGGCUUGCUUUGCCUGCUUCUCCUGCAAGCGCCAGCUGUCCACGGGCGAGGAGUUUGGCUUGGUCGAGGAGAAGGUGCUGUGCCGCAUCCACUACGACACCAUGAUUGAGAACCUCAAGAGGGCCGCGGAGAACGGGAACGGCCUCACGCUGGAGGGGGCAGUGCCCUCGGAGCAGGACAGUCAGCCCAAGCCGGCCAAGCGCGCGCGGACAUCCUUCACCGCGGAGCAGCUGCAGGUUAUGCAGGCGCAGUUCGCGCAGGACAACAACCCCGACGCGCAGACGCUGCAGAAGCUUGCGGACAUGACCGGCCUCAGUCGUAGGGUCAUCCAGGUGUGGUUUCAAAACUGCCGGGCGCGUCAUAAAAAGCACACACCGCAGCAUCCUGUGCCGCCCUCCGGGGCGCCUCCGUCCCGCCUCCCUUCCGCCCUAUCCGAAGACAUCCACUACUCCCCGUUCAGCAGCCCCGAACGGGCGCGCAUGGUCACUCUGCACGGCUACAUUGAGAGUCAGGUACAGUGUGGGCAGGUGCACUGCCGGCUGCCUUACACCGCGCCCCCCGUCCACCUCAAAGCCGAUAUGGAUGGGCCGCUCUCCAGCCGGGGUGAGAAGGUCAUCCUUUUUCAGUACUGACGCUGCCAGCACUUCCGUAUCUGUCCAUGGGCAUCCCACAGCUGCCCCUCAGCCGCUGAGAUCCAGUGUCCGAGCCACUGCCAGGGAUCUACCCACCCUCAUCUGCCAUCCCGCCCACCACCAGCUGGGCCCCUGGGCCUGGCCAUCCCCUCUCCUGCUGAGAACCAGAACCCGCCAGGAGCACCUUGGAGUCCUCCUCUUGGAAGGCACAGCUCUCUGAAAUUUGGAAUCAGGGUGAAAACAACAGCCAGUUUUUUCCAUUUAGACAGGACUCAUCUUCAACAUAGGCUGAUCACAAUAGCAAAAGGCAGAACUGAAUUGUGCAACGCCAACAGCCUUCUAAUUUACAGGUUUUCUUUCCUCCCAUGUUGGCCUUUAUUCACUACUUCCUUGGAACCAUCUCCGAAUUCUGAAUAGCCAACAACCCCCAAUGUUAUCCACUCUGUUGCUUUUGUCUGGAAAACUCUACAGUGUCUGUGGGAUGUCCCCAAAGGAAAGCUAUGUUCUAAUUUUAUCAUUUCCAUCUGUCUGGUUGUGUCAAGCUAAUUCAGAGAGAGAAGAGACACUGACCAACCCUGAGAGCCCCAGCAGGGCAGAGAUGGAGGCCUGCCCAGACUGGGAGGCAGGGAGCUGGGGAGGAAGGCUGGGGGUACAAAGACCCCGAUUGGUUUGGAGUUCAAGGGGAAGGAGGCGGCACAUUGGGCUGAGAGAGGAAAGAGAAAACUCGGGGUGUGUAUGGGAGACCCUCCUCACACCUAGUUACAUAUAUAUACAGGCGACAUAGCAAAGAUGGUGUUUGAUCUGUGUGAUGACAUUUCCGAAUGUUUGGGCAGGUUACAAUUGGGGGCCCUUCUUGGUCACUUCUUGACUCCUGGUAGGGGUGCUUGGGCCAUGUCUUCUUUGGGAGGACCACUCAUAGAGGGCUGGGGAACAGAGCAGGGAAAUGGCGGUCAGCAUGUUAAUUCUGGACCCAUCUCUGAGUAGAGAGAGGGUGCCCACUGCCUAGGUGAGCGUGCCAACCCCAGGAUUCCAUGUGGUACCUUCAGGCUCUCCCACCCACUCCUGAGAAUGGAGGCCAGACACAGCUGUGCUCACAUCUACCCUGUCCUGCUGUAGCUCUUCCACCCCAAACAAAAGGGCUUGGGCUACACAAGACCAUGAUUUAUGUUUUCAGGGGAUGCCCAUUUGUCCCAAGUUUAUCCCGUCGUUUUACAAGUACUUGGUGUCCUGAUGCAUUUCCCACUAGAGGCUGCUAGUAAGCAUGUUUUAGCCCAAGUCCUCCUUCCGGCUCUGGAUAACCUGAUAUGUUGCUUUUGGAAGGAGACUCUAGGACGGGGAAAGCAAGUCCAUGGCACGUGUAUCAGCCAUCCUGGUUUUUACCCAUGGCAGACAUUGCUAAUCAAUCACAGCACUCUCUAUCUUACUGAGCUUGGAUAAGGUUGCAGAAUCCACAUGCUCGAAGUUGGCACUUAAAAUGAAAGCUUACAUGCCAUUCUUGCUCUGGGACCUGGAGAAAGGCGAGACCUGGGUGCAGCCCAAGAAGAAAACCUGCCGCCUUUCUCUUCUGAAGAUGGUGCCUGCUGACUCAGGGCAGAGAGAAGUACCACUGAUAAUGUGGUCGGUACAGCUCAGUUCAGAACUCAUCCAGUGAAUGGCGCGUACCCGGCCCGUGCUGAUGUUAAUAGGAGUGGCUUAGGCUUGAUGCCUGGCCUUGGGGAACUCUAAUACUUCCUUCAGUUUUUGCUCCUGAGGUCCCAAGCACAAUCAUGUAGUCGGUGGUCAGUUGAGCCCUGCCCAGGGUUGCCCAGUACCUAGUCUGCCUUGAGCCUCCCACCAGGGUCUGUUCUUCACGUGGAUCACGUGGUCAUAGCAUGUUGCAGUUCAGACAUGUCUCCACUAGCCUAUUAGAGCAGCCUGGGAACGUACAGGCCAUCAAAACUAUUUAUUUAAAUACAAAACACAAGGGGGAAACACACACGGAAAAAAAUUGUAAGCACUUUUUUGUAAAACCAAUGUCUGUUUUGUUACAUACCUUUCAUGUUGUGCUUUGUAAAUGUCUUAUUUGUGUAAUAAAUAAAGUUAAUACAAGUA